AUGGGGAAGAGGAAGGAUCACUACGAGAUCCUGGGCGUGCCCAAGGCGGCCACCGCCGGCGACAUCAACGAGGCGUACCACAAGCGGAGCGCGCUCAAGUGGAAGGAGGCGGAGCGGGGGUUCCAGCGCCUCACCACAGCCCACAAGGUUCUCAGUGACCCGCUGAGGCGCCCGCUCUACGACAAGCACCUGCGCGCCGAGGAGAAGCUCAUGGGGAAGGCGCCGCCGCCGGCCGCAUCCACGGGUGUGGCACUGGAAAGGGUGGUACGUACAGGCCGGAAGGGCGCAGCUUUGGGCAGGGAGGUUGCGGUUGCGGGCACCGGCGGCAGGCAAAAUGCAGACCGGACGGGCGGAGGCGCCAAGCGUGCGGGCCUUCGAAGCUCAACGGGGAAGGCCAGCGGGAACGGCAAGCGCUCGCGAUGCCUAACGGACGGCGCGACAGAUGCGACGGGAGCACACGCGUCGACUACGUCCUUUUCCACCGGCCGUAGCACCUUUGAGAUGUCUGUGAAGUACACGAAUGAGUACUACAAUGAGGAGAAUUGUUCAUCCUUCGACGGCGAGCCAUUCUGCCCCACCGACCAUAGCACCUUCAAGGCGGCCGUGAAGACCAUGAAUGAGUACUACGAUGAGGAUGAGAACCUUGGGUUGUGCGUGUACGAGGAAGAAGGCGUGCAGGAUGACUAUGGCAACCAUGCCGGGGUUGGCAAUGAUGAUACCAGGGUUUGUGAUGACCUCAUCAACGGUGAUGACGUGGAAGGGGGCAUGCCGUAUGCAAAAUACGAUGAUUGCGGGGGUGGUGAUCACAACUAUGGCGACCAUGGCGGGGCUGGCAAUAAUGAUGAUACCGGGGUUUGUGAUGACUACUACGACAAUGCUGCGGGGGGCUUUGACAAUGGCUACUACGACGGUGAUGCUGGGAAUGGAGCUGAUGACUGGUGGUAG